AUGGCAUCAGCAAAGUUGUUUUUACGAAUUGUGGACACUAACUUGAAAAUCUCUUCUAGAUUCAUAUAUACGAAUUCCCAGUCAUGUAUAAAAUUCACACCUAUACGAGGAAUCCGUCUAAAAAAUAUUGACAAUCGAAUUUGGCUAAGGGUACCGUUUCGUAAAUCAAGCAGAAUCCCCAAGGAUCUAAAAUCCUCAAUUUUUGUACAUUUUAACAAGCUUUUCAAGAGGAAAACUCCCGUUACUAUUGGAAAGCGAGGAUGUUUCCACCCUGGUGCUUCAACUCUUCCUGCCAAUGUCAUCAAUCUAGAGAAAACAAAAGAAGUGAGCAAUUGGGAUAUUGUCAAAGCUAUUUGUAUGUAUGUCUGGCCAAAAGGUAAACCCAGCAUAAAAGUCCGGGUUGUUGUGGCAGUUGGUUUACUGAUUUGGUCAAAGUUGUUGCUGGUCCAGGUUCCUUUCAUAUUUAAAUAUAUUGUGGAUCAUUUGAAUGACUCCAAUAACUGGUUAAGUAUGGUUGAUGCUCCAUCUACCAUUAUUACGGUUUCUACUGCAUUAAUACUUGGCUAUGGAAUGGCUCGAGCUGGUGCUAGUGGAUUCAAUGAAUUACGAAAUGCUGUCUUUGCUAAAGUAUCUCAUAGUUCCAUCCGACAGGUUGCUCGCAAUGUUUUUCUACAUUUGCAUAACCUUGACCUUAGCUUUCAUCUGGGACGGCAAACUGGUGCUCUUUCAAAAGCUAUUGAUCGAGGAACGAGAGGCAUCAAUUUUACACUCAGUGCUUUAGUCUUUAAUGUUGUUCCUACCAUCUUUGAAGUUACUUUGGUCAGUACAGUAUUGUAUCAUAAGUGUGGAGGAGAAUUUGCUCUGGUCACUUUGGGUUGCAUUGGUUCAUAUGCUAUUUUCACUCUGCUCAUAACACAAUGGAGAACAAAAUUUAGAGUGAUGAUGAACAAAGCUGAUAAUGAGGCUGGUACAAAAGCAGUGGACUCUUUGAUUAAUUAUGAAACAGUAAAAUAUUUCAAUAAUGAGAAAUUUGAAGCUGAAAAGUAUGAUAUUUUGUUAGGAAAAUAUGAGAAAGCAUCUUUAAAGACUACGACAAGUUUAGCAGCAUUGAAUUGGGGUCAGAAUGUGAUUUUCAGCAUGGGAUUAACAACAAUCAUGUACCUGGCAAGCCAAAAUGUGAUAAAUGGUACCAUGACUAUUGGUGAUAUAGUUAUGGUCAAUGGCCUGUUGUUUCAACUCUCUUUGCCUCUUAACUUCCUCGGUUCUGUCUACAGAGAAGUACGACAGUCACUUAUUGAUAUGCAGACCAUGUUUAAUUUACUUAAUUUGGAAUCCAGUAUAAAGAACCAGAUCGAGGCACCAAAACUUGAAGUUUCUUUUGAAGAAUCUGCAAUUACAUUCAAAGAUGUAUAUUUUGAAUACAUGCCAGGUCAACUGAUUUUUGAGAAAUUGUCUUUUACUGUUCCAUCUGGAAAGAAAGUAGCCAUUGUUGGUGGAAGUGGAUCAGGGAAAUCCACUCUAGUUCGACUUUUGUACAGAUUUUUUGACCCCCAAAAAGGGAACAUUUAUGUCAAUGGACAGGAUAUUAAACUUGUGGAUAUGGACAGCUUAAGACAAGCAAUUGGUGUUGUUCCACAGGAUUGUGUUCUCUUUCAUGAUACGAUCUUCCAUAAUAUCAAGUAUGGAAAUCUUGCUGCAAGUGAUGAACAAGUGUAUGAAGCAUCACGUAUGGCUGAAAUACACAACACAAUAAUGGAAAGAUUCCCUCAAAAAUAUCAGACACAAGUUGGAGAGCGUGGGUUGAAACUUUCGGGUGGUGAAAAACAAAGAGUAGCCAUUGCUCGAGCCAUUUUGAAAGACCCAGUGAUUGUUGUUUAUGAUGAAGCAACCUCAUCUCUUGAUACCAUUACAGAACAAAACAUUUUGAGUGCUUUGAAACAAGUCACUUGUGGACGUACAACUAUUGUCAUUGCUCAUCGUUUAUCUACUGUGACGGAUGCCGAUGAGAUCCUGGUUUUGAACCAAGGACAGAUAGUUGAACAAGGAAGCCAUCAUGCUUUACUAAACAUCCCAGAUUCCUUGUAUUCCUCUAUGUGGUACCGACAGUCUUUGAAUCGUGAUGAAUAUGAAGAAUGGUUGAAAUCACAAGAAGCAAAAGCUGGUUAA